AUGGCUGUAAACCGAGAAUGGGAAAGCUUCAGCGAUGCCGACUCCGGAAUAUCGCCAGACGGCGAGUCGGAAGGUCAAGUUUCAACCUGUGCUGACUCGUUCGGGUGCCAGACAGCCUCGGCUUCUGCAACGACGAUCGUCCUGAAGUCCGCCGUCGGUAGGAAGCAGAAUAAUUGGAUCUACCGUCGAAACUCUUACGCGACUGCCGUUGAUAAGGAAGGAGUUCAGUCAGGAACGCACGACGACAGAUCGACUGGAAGAUCUGCCGCUGAUGCUGGACAACGACGAGAACGCGCGGUGCCGCAGAACAUGACGAAGGAGUCACAGGCGGCCAGGCAGCCGCUACCGUCGUACGAAAGCGCGCUGCGAGCCCUAGGAGUUCACGACCACGAUAACUGGCUACCCAAAAGACAGAAAGGGCCCCCUUCUAUCACCACGUUCGAUGGCCGCUCCGCAGACAGUAUUGGCACAAGUCUGACCACCUUCAGCAGCAUCCUGUCCGUCGAGAAACUGUUCAAAAACGAGGACGACGAUACGGUUUAUGCGAAACCGUGCAAACUCAAAAAUGAUGCUCAGGAGCUGUCGCUGAUCGGCGACUUCACGAACGUUCGUCAGUACAGGACAUGUGUCAAGGGCCGUGUCGUUGGCCUAGGUAGUGACGGAAGUUACACUGUGGAACUGAGAAGAUACGGAAACGAACCGUUCGGCUUUUACAUUUCUUCAGCUACUUACAAACGUCGCAAAGGUUUUCAUAUCGCGGACGUGUGCGAACAGAACCUGCGUGUCCUGCUGCGGAAAGGUGACAAACUUCUUGAGGUUAACUCUGUGUCGGUCAAGGGCAAGAAGCUCCAGGAAGUUGAACAGUUGUUGGCCAGUCGGGAACGGGUGAUGAUCCGCAUUUUGCCCAUGCAC